AUGGUGAUGGAGUCAUCAAAAUGGUGGUGGAUUGGAAAUCACAACACAACAAAUUUCUCUCCGUGGCUUCACUCUACUCUCUCCGAAUUGGAUGAAAAGACAGAGGAAAUGCUGAGAGUGAUUGAUGAGGAUGCGGAUUCUUUCGCCGCAAGAGCUGAGAUGUAUUACAAGAAGAGACCUGAGCUUAUAGCUAUGGUGGAGCAAUUCUACCGCUCACAUCGCUCCUUGGCCGAGAGGUACGACUUGUUGAGGCCAUCUUCUGUGCGCAAACAUGGAUCUGAGAGCCAUGAGAAAUCAUCGACCUGCGAUGAUGAGUCUUCUUGGUCCGAGGCUUGCGAGACUCAUGAGGACUACGCAGAGUCUGAAGUUGACGACGGUGAGAUCAAAUGGGUCGAUGGAGGUGAAACCGAUGGGAUUGUUGAGGAAACAGAAUCAUUUGGUGGAGAUGAUGGAAAUUAUGAGAUGAUGAAGGAAGAGAUAGAGAGGCUGAGAGAGGAGAAUAAGGUUUACAGUGAAAUGGUGAGAGAGAAAGAUGAAGAGAAGAGAGAAGCUAUAAGGCAGAUGAGUUUAGCUAUACAGAUGCUUAAAGAAGACAACUCAGAGCUCAAGAAAUGUGUUUCUUCUGUUGUUGCAAAGCUUAAUAAGGGAGGUGAUGAUUCUCAGAGGAAGAAACAGAUGUGGAAGCCAUUUGAGUUUAAGAAGAUAGGGCUUUGGGGGAAAGUAGUAGGCAACUGGGUCCUUCCAAACACAGAUUAUACUUCCAGAGAGCUCAUUACUCUUGAGAAAACAGAGUGA